AUGCCGAUCUGUACUUAUAACGCACGUACGCUUGCAUCGGAAGUGGCCAUCGAAGAUCUGAUGAUGCAAGCCAAAAAGAUCAAGUACGACGUCAUCAGACUGACCGAGACGAGACGACGUCACCCUCUCAACGCCGUAUAUGGAACUGGAGAAGAACUGUUCUUGGGAACAUGCGACAGUAGAGGUAUUGGUGGAGUUGGCGUCCUCGUCAACACGAGUAUGGCAAAGAACAUCGACUCUUCUGAACAACUUACGACCCGAAUCGGACGUCUGCGGAUGAGAAGAUGUGGCCCAACACCAGCUUUAACUACCUUCCUCGCUUACGCUCCAACAUCAAGCUACGAUGAAGAAGAAGUCGAAACUUUCUAUAUAGACAUGGAAAAGUUCUACCGAGAAGAUCGUGCCUUCUAUAAGGUCAUAAUUGGCGAUUUGAACGCUGAGAAGCCCUCCUCUCCACGUUGGACGUGGGAGUCACCCGGUGGAGGGUACUGUAAUGAAAUAGACCACAUCAUCGUUAAUAAAAGGUUCUGCCUGACGGACGUCGGUGUUGUACCAAAGUUCUAUACGGGAUCGGACCAUCGUCUCCUCCGAGGAAGAUAUCCCUUCACAAGAAGAGCAGAGAAAGCCGCCAAGUGCAGAGAGAGAAAUCCCAGAACUAUCAUCAACUGGGAUCUUUUCGCUACGUUAGCCGGCUUUUGGGAAGAUUACGCAAGGGACAACAUCGGCGAAGAAUAUGACCGGCUCCUUGAACACCUUCACGACUGCGCGCAGAAGGCUGAGAGUUCUAAAACCACCAAGAGACGCCUGUCUCUUGAAACUCUUGAGCUGAUACGCCAGCGUGGAGCAGCACGAACCGCAGGGAGCCAGGAACUCACGUCAGUGCUCGCAAGGCUUUGCAGAGAGGCGAUAAAGGAAGACCUUAAAGAGAGAAGAGCAGAAGUGCUGGCUGAAGCUGCAGAGGCGGAGAAAAGCAUCUGCUAUGCCCGUCGAGACUUCGCCAGUCGCAAGACGAGGAUGACUGCUCUCCGGAACCCAAAGGAAACAGCCAUUGCAUCGAGGAGGGGGAUGGAAAAAAUCAUCUACGACUUCUACUCUGAUCUCUCCCACAGCCAUGUCCGCUUUCCUCUUCACCAUCUGAGGGAAGACGGACAUGUCAUUCCAGAGGUUCUCCCGUCCGAAAUACGACAUUCUAUCAUGUCGGUAAGAAGUCGUACAUCACCCAGUCUCGACAGAAUGAAACCAGAACAACUGAAGAGCCUUCCGCCACUACUCAUCAACACCCUGGCGAGGCUCUUUACACGUUAUCUGUCGGAAUGCAAGGUUCCUAAACAGUGGAAGACCAGCAAGACCGUGUUGCUGUAUAAAAAGGGAGAUCCACGUGACAUCGGCAACUAUCGCCCAAUCUGCUCCAUCUACAAGCUCUUUACAAGAGUGAUCCUUAAUAGGAUUGAAAAAGUAGUGGAUGAAGGACAGCCAUGCGAGCAAUCAGGGUUUUGA